UCGUGCACAGUGUACGCGUCGAGCGAAACUUGGUUCGGCGAGAGCGAUCGGCGCGAGUGUCACUCAGUGCUACAAGUGACCAAACAAAGUGAACGCAGUGAUUUAACCAUUCGGAGGAUACCCACGAGCAAAUCUGGAGCGAUACGUUAACUUUAGGAGCAUUCGCGUGUGUGAUGCAGCGAUGUCGGUGGCGGUGAGGGCGGCGCUGCUCUGCGCUUGCGCACUGCUACUGCAGCACGCAAGCGCGGAGCUCAGAGGACGGUGUCCAGCGGAAGAAAGUGCAUGUCCGGCGCGUGCGAUACCAUGCAUUUCGGACAACCAAUGCGGGGAGAAAAUAUGUUGCAAAACUAGUUGUGGACAAGCUUGUGUCGACCCACUUUUCACAGGAUGUGAGAACGUGAAAUUGUCUUCGGAGAGGAUAUCUCGAGCCUUAGCUGCGGACAACAGCCGCGGUGGCCGAGGCAGAAUUCCCCCUAUGAGGACCCCUCGCUGCAGGUUCACAGAUGGAGAGUUUGAGGAGAUCCAGUGUGAUAAUGAGAUUGUUAGCACCUGCUGGUGUGUUGAUGCUGCUGGAUUUGAGUUACCAGGCACCAGGGCUCCUGCAGCAAGUCUAGUCAACUGCACACGAGUUGCACCCUGCGCUGCACACACAUGUAGGAUGCUAUGUCCACUGGGCUUCGAGCUGGACCAACGUGGAUGUCCACUAUGCAAGUGCAGGGAUCCUUGCUCCACUGUGACUUGCCCCGGGCAGUUGUCCUGUCAAUUAGAGGAAGCUCCUUGCCUUCGACCACCGUGUCCACCUAUACCUACAUGUAAACGCGGCCGUAGUCUAAUGAACCUCUGCCCUGUGGGAGAACCCCUAUUGAUAUCGGAGACCAGUAGACCUUUCCUAUGCGGUACUGAUCCUGGGAAACCCAAUUGUCCACCUUUGUACCGAUGCCUUGUUGAAUCAGGAAACGACUACGGCGUAUGUUGUCCUGCAUCUCUAGAGCUCCAAAAAGCCGGAACAUGUCCAGCACCUUCCAACGAGGGAUGUGGAACUCCCUGUGCCCACGAUUUGGAAUGUCCUUCAAUGCAGAAAUGCUGCGAUGGUGGUGAAUGUGGCAAACACUGCGUUUUACCAACCAACGUAACAAUGUGUACUCAGCAAAAGAUGUUAGCGGAACUUUUGGUUGUAAGUGAGAAGGAGGGCCGCGGUUAUGUGCCGCAGUGUGAUGAAGAUGGGUCGUUUAUUUCAAGACAGUGCUCAAGAAAUGGAUUAGUUUGUUGGUGUGUCGACUCAGACGGUAACAAGCUUCGAGGAUCAAUGGGUCCAUCUUCAACAGUAGAAUGUUCCUCAACACCUCUACCAGUUCGGAUUGGAGCUCGCAGCUUAAAUUCCUGUGCAAGAGCGUUGUGUGCUGCUGUGUGUGAAUAUGGAUAUAAAACAGGUGCUGAUGGAUGUCCCACUUGCGAAUGUGAUGACCCUUGCGCUGGAUACCCCUGCCCGAAAGGCGAGGAAUGCAUCAGGGUUAAAGAAGCACAAUGUGUUGGAGACCUAUGUUCAGGAUAUCCAAUUUGUCGGCCAAAAGUAGCAUACGAGAACCCAUGUGCGUUAGGUGUUCCAGUGUCUGAUGCAAAUGGUGCAUCAGAAGAGUGCCAGGUGGAUACUGACUGUCCAACAAGCCAUAUUUGCACGAAAUCUAAAAGCAGUGGUGUGUGCUGUCUAGAUCCUCUAUCAUUCAGUAACGCAACUGAACCUGAUGUUAUAGAGGUAAACUUCGAAUCCUGUGGUCCUGAAGCAGAAGCGGAAUGUGGUCUCAACUCUACUAUGUCUUGCCUCGAAGGUGACUGCGAUAACGACUUGGUGUGCUGUUCCACCGUCAACUGUGGGCCAGUGUGUGUAGAUCCUAUUAAAAUGAAACUGCAAUCAGAAAGAGUGGACGAAUCACCUACAAUGUGCGAAUACCUCCGCGAUUUUGACGAAAAGAUGGAAGGCACGGUAGACGGCAUGAAGCUCGCGUUACCAGCCCCAACUUGCAAGUCUGACGGGUCCUUCACAUCGCAACAGUGCGCUAACGGCCGCUGUUGGUGCGUUGAUACUUUCGGUACGGAAAUACCGGAGACCAGCACCAAUAAUGCUUCAGCUGUGGACUGUGAUAGUGUUCGUGCAAAUCUUUCUUGUCUGGAGAUGACAUGUCGAAUGGGCUGUGACUACGGAUUCGAGCUAGGCUCAGGCCGCUGUCCUACAUGUAAAUGCCGUGACCCUUGCGCAGGAGUGCAGUGUCCUGUCGGACGAUCUUGCGCAACUGUAGAUGUCGCUUGCGAUGCAGAUUAUUGUCCACCUGUGCCUGCUUGUCUUCCAAAGAAACCAGGACAGUGUCCAUACCUAGUGCCUUCAAACGGUGCCUGCGAGUGGUCUUGUAGGACGGACGCGGAGUGUGGGCCUACUGAAAGAUGUUGCGCGACCGGUUGUGGUACUGCCUGCACGAAAGCUGUACACCAAACUGCUUGUCAGCAAAGAAGAGCAUUAGCUCUCCAUACGGCGGCUGAGAGCGGUAGUCCACCAGCCUGGACAUGGAUACCUAAAUGUAAAGAGGAUGGCGCCUACGUCCCUAUACAGUGCAGAGGAUCUGAUAAGUCUUGCUGGUGUGUCGACACUGCUGGUAAUGAGAUUCUUGGUACAAGAGUAACGAACUCCACGCCGAACUGUGAUGCACCGAUACCGUGUGCUCAACCAACUUGUGACGUGGUGACGUGUGCCCACGGUUGGGAGUUGGACAGCAAAGGAUGUCCUACCUGCGCCUGUAAGGAUCCUUGCGCGGAAGCCAAAUGCAGAAAGGAUGAGUCCUGCGAACUUGUACCUUUGGAGUGUGAGGGUAGUUCCUGUCCUCCACUAGCGCGCUGCAGCCCAGCACCGCAGUGUCCAGAUGGUCACAAUCCACUUCAAGCUCCAGACGGCUCAGGGCCACUGCUGUGUGGACCUAAUGCAGCAGCUUGUCCUUCCACCCACGCCUGUCGGUUUGCUCCCCAUGAUUCAACACCGUCUGUCUGCUGUCCCAAACCUCGCACGGUAUGUUUCGAAAACAAAGAUGAAGGCAGUUGCACUGAAGGUGAUGUCCUAAACACGACAAGAUGGCACUUCAACCACGCACGCAACCGUUGCGAGAGGUUCAAGUAUCAUGGAUGUUCCGGAAACCACAACAACUUCAGGACGAAAGAGGAGUGCAAUAAUGUAUGCCCUGUGGAAGGGGAACCUACAAGAAUGCAAAGUAAAAAAAGGAAGACAAGCCAGAUAUUGAAAGACGAAGUAUUGAGCCCUUGUGAGAGACUACGAGAGAAGAACGAGGCAGCUGCGCAGAAGUACGGCAAAGGGACGUUUAUUCCAAAGUGUGAUGGCAGUGGUGCUUGGGAAUCAGUACAGUGUAUGUCACAUAUUGACGUUUGUUGGUGUGUAAGUGCCCGUGGUGAACCCCUCAAGGGUUCUUUAGUACGAGGUGCCAAACCCGCAUGUAACUUCAGACAAGCACGCAAAUGGGUGGCGCGAGACCCGCUCGACGAACGAGCUAGAGCUGACGAAGUGCUCGAAGAACUCAUCAGACAAAUGACUGCCUACAGAGUGGACGACUUCGACGAUGACGACGAAGAUGACGUUGAAGAUGAUUUAGAACUCGAAGCUGAGGUUCGAGACGAGGAAUCUUUAGACAAGCUACUUCAACAAACGAGUGAGAAAGACGAACCUGUGGUAGUAUCGGAGAUCGUAGAACCAAAAUUAGCAGACACUACGAGAAAAUUUGAGAAAAAUCUGGAAGUGAAUGUAGAUAAAUUGAUAUUUAAAACAAAGUGUCAGAUGAUGCAAGAAGAAAUUGAGAAUGGUGCGGAAGGUAUGCGCCCUCGUUGUUUAGAGAACGGUGAAUUCUCACCACGACAAUGCUCUCGGGGUCGAUGCUGGUGCGUGGAUGCCGCAGGACAAAGAAGACAUCACGCGGGAGUAAUCAACGAUGCGCCCGCACCAGAUCCUUGUGAGCGAACACAAGUAGAGACAGCAAUAUUGGAGUUGGAGUUAGUGAAUGUAGAGCCAGCGAGGGCAGAAGUAUCGCGUGCAGCUUUAGCAGCGCGGCUAGCAGCGCUUGGAGCUCGUGUUCCCGUCCAUAGCAGUCGGGAACGCAAUGCUUUGCGCUUGCGCACAGUGCUAACCGGCCCACACGCCGUCGACUACAUCUACCAUAUCGAGAACAUGGUGAAACAAGAAAAAGUAGCAGGAUAUAAAAAAUCAAGCGAUGAAAUGAUACUGGGUGCUGACGUCAUACGAAGCGAGUACCGUCUUACUACACCUACCCGAUCUGCGAUGCAGCAACGAGAAAUACUGAGCGAAUCCACUGUUUCCGCUACAACUUCAUAUCACACUGCACUUAUAGUACUAGCUGCUACUUCAGCCUUCAUCAUCAGCGUGUUAUGUGUCCUUGUGAUGCUAUACCGCGCGAGAUUACAACGGGAACCACAGAAAGCCGAGCGGUUUCUGCCACCUGCUCCUCCUGUUUAUGUCCUCUCCGCUGACGAGAAAGCGGAGUUAGCGAGAGUUUUACAUGCCCCUCCUCCUCCUGUCCCACCACAAAACGAUGACCAAACAAGAGUAUAACUGUAAUCUUAAGACAAAAAUGCUUUAAAACUUUACUGUAGAACAUGGAUAUGACCACUCAAACUUCCCGCUAAAACUUACUGUCACUGAUAGGGUUGCCAAGUAUUAAUUUCAUAAUUUGAAACACUUGGACUCGUGACAAUAAAGUUGUAAGGCCGGGAACAGACUAUCGCAGCACAUACGAAUUUAUCUGCUAGUUAUUGACUUCAAGUAUUACGGUUCUAUUUACUUAUUGAACUUAUAAAAUUUACACAAUUACUAAAAUUAAAUAAUUCUUAGGAAUAUUGUCUAAAAUAAAACACUUGACCUAUAAUGUCAUGUCAAUGACAAUUUCUCUAUAGUUACGAACAGGUAGACCGAUUAAUAUUUAUUUAUAGUAAGUCAUAUCUAUGUAGAAGUGGUAUUAUACAAGUGGUUACUUCAGUACUGUAAUAAAAAUGGAUAAUUAAAGCCUGCGUUACUCGUUUAGGAAGCUAUUGUAACGAUAGUACAGGUACUAAAGUAAUUAUAGGGUCCAAAAUAAUAUUGGCUAGAAUUUGAGUAACGUAGUUAUAUUCAAUUACUGUCUUAUCUCUGUAUUUAAUAUUUUAUAAAACUUUAUAGUUAUUCAAAUACAUACGUCUCAUUAAAGGUGAAGUAAAGGAUUUAAUACUUUAAUAAAUUUAAAUAUCCUUCUUCUAUUUGAAAUGUAAGUACAGAGAUAAGUUUAAAAAAGGACAUUGUGACUAAUGUCAAUGGUGGACGUUAAUAUUAUUAGAGACUGAUAGAUGAUGGUCGCAUUCUCCUGAAAGAAUCUCUGAUGUAUCUUUAGAACUUUGAGGUAGUUACAAUAUUCUUUGUAAAUAAAAUUGAUGAUAUAAUAAUACUUAGACUAUAGAGAAAAUUGUAACUAUCCCAAAGUAUCUUGUUAAAUGUAAGAAUUGUAAAAACUAUGACACACCUAUAUGAAUAGUAAAAAUAUAUCGGUGUGCGUUAUGUCAUAAUUUUUAUGAUUCUAAAGAAACGUAUCUUGUUAUGUUUUAUAUUAGUGUAAGUAACUAUUAUUAAGUAAGCGCAGAGGCGCGCGUAAAUUUAAACUACGCGCGCCUUUACGCAUUCUUUAGUUCCUCUCGUUGAGUCUCGAUCUCCUUCACUUAAAUUACAAACUUAUAUUUCAACACACUUCUGCUUUAAAUUAUAAUAUUAUCAACCACAUCUUAAAAACGAUGUGCAUGAAACAAGAACGUGGCUCGACGUAGAACUAAUCUAGUCUGUUUUUAUUCAUGGUCCCUUUCAUCACAUCAUUCUAUUAUCACAAAUUGUAUUUCUUUUGUAUUUGUAAAUAAGUUUAAAUAUGUAUUUAAGUUUCAUUUAUAUUUUUUCUUCAUCAGUCGUAAGUCGUAAAUAUGCACAUUCCACAAGUAUUUUUCUUUUCAUAGUUCAUCCCUAAUUUUAAGUUAGAUCCAUAACCACAAGGUUUUUUAUUUUUAACCGUGGCUUAUUUACAUAAUUCCUUAAUCAAAGCACCCAUUUUGACAGUAUCGAAAUAAAAUGAAGAAUU